AUGGAGCUGGGCUUUGGUGAUCAAGACCUUAUCUACGAAGAAGAGGCCAAAAGGCUAGCCGAAUCGGCUCCAGUGCCCCGGCCUAUGUGCCUUUCAUGCAGCAAGCUUGUCGCAGAAUCUCCAAUGUUACAGUGUCCUCUCGCCUACCCGCCGAAGAAGUGUGUCCAGUGUGCCAAAUUCAACCUGCCAUGCCAUAUCGUUCCACCACAGUUCCGAGGUGAUCUCGAACGUAUCCAGGCUCUUGCACGAGAAUUUCAUGUCAGGCCAUCCCCCAAAACAGCCGAACAACUUCAAGGAUCCUCUCCAAAGUAUAUCGCAAGAGCUGAAGCUUACGAGCUCAAGGAGUCGGCAUUAGAGGGAUAUACGCCCUAUCAAGUACCCAGGCCACUACCACCCCCCGUCCCUAUCAAUCCCCCUGUCAAGACUGUCACCCCUAUGAACUCCCUAGCGCCCACAGAAGAUGCAUUAGCCCUGAAGAUUCGCAAUGUUCAGCAGAUCAACGAUAUGCUCAGUAAAAUGACGGAAUUAUUAUUCCGAAAAAUGGAUUUACCCUAA